AUAGUCUAUGAAGUAAACUGUAUUUGGGGUGGGAUUAUGUGCGUAAACUGGGCUACAACCACGCUAGACUAACCAGUGGACAAAAUGACAAGAAGCCGGAAUCGGCCGUCACAAUCAAAAGUUUCACUUCCUGAACUCACUGAGAACAUUUGUUUUAGAGGUAGUUUCUGAGUUUGUCCUUUAGUUUGGAACAAGGACAUUCCGUUUUAGCUAAGGAUUAACGCAAGCAAAUGCAGGCUGCAUAAUUAAGAUAAUGCCCUUCUGAAGAACUAACCCAAUCUUCGUAAACCGAGUAAGAAAUGCUAGUGGACUUUUUUGAUCCAUUUCGAAAUCAAGUUGGAGUGUUAUUGGAGCAUUUCAACAGCUACAAUCUGUCAACAGAAACAACAAAGAAAUAAAAAACAACAUGGCAGAACGAAGUAUACCUCAUCGGAGGAUGUCCACAGAAGGGGUCAGUUUAUACAUGCUGAUGGAGCUGGAAAAAGGCGCAACAGCAGAGCAGAUCAAAAAGGCGUACAGGAAACUGGCACUUAAAUAUCACCCUGAUAAGAAUCCCAAUAACCCAGAGGCUGCCGAGAAGUUCAAAGAGAUCAACAACGCCAACACUAUCCUCAAUGAUGACACCAAGAGGAAGAUCUAUGACGAGUAUGGCUCCAUGGGCCUCAACAUUGCAGAACAGUUUGGAGACGAGAGUGUCAAAUACUAUUUCCUCAUGUCCAAAUGUUGGUUUAAGACCCUGAUGUAUUGCUGCUGUUUUUUCACCGGCUGUUGUUGCUGCUGCUGCUGCUGCUUCUGCUGCUUCAGCUGUGGGCGGGGCAACCCCAACGAGGAGGACUUCGGCAACAUAGAUCCAGAUGAGCUGGAGGCCCAGAUACGAGCUGAGCAGGAGCGAGCUGGUGACACUGUUAUAGUCGCUCAACCGAGCCCUAGCGAAGCCACUGUGUCGCCUGAAACUGUGAUAGUCAUUCAGCCAGGCCCUAAUGAGGGCACUGUGUCAGGUGAAAAUGAGCCUAUUGUGAUCCAGCCCCAUAUGGACAUCACAGACUAGGACCUCAACAUGCCACAGCUUUACUAUCUCUUCCCAUGUUUGUGUGUUUUUUAACCGUGACAGGAGUUGCAAUGAUGUCUGUCCCAAAGAUCACAUGGGGUUGAAAUUAGUUGUGAAUGUAUUAUUAGAAUCUUUUUUUAAGGGAAUUUGUUUACAGGAAUCAUUCUUUCUGAUUGUGUUAUCCUUUUAAUGUUGCUAAUCUAAUUUGACGCCGAGGGGAUUAUCUUUGCAUUGAAUGGAAAUGUGUAUCAAAGUAGUUUCAUUGUACACUUGUGAAUAAGUGGGUUUGGGACUGAAAGUAAACCAUGCCUUUUGAAUAGAUUGUAAAUGUGUGUGCACUAAAGUUCCAAUGAUGCUGUGUUUCCACUUUAGAGAUGUAAAAAAUCGCAAUUGACCGCAAGUAAAAUAUUGCUUUACAAGGAGAAAUGUGAAAUAAUUACAAAUAAAUGUAUAGUGUCAAUA